AUGUCUGCCCUGCAGCAGCAGAAGCGCACCGAAGCCGCCGCGCAGCUCAAGCAGGCCGAGAAGGCGCUGACCCGGCGCUCGUUCUUUCGGGGCGCGCCCGACUACCUCUCGGCAGCGCCGCUGCUGGACAAAGCGGGCGAACUCUAUCGCCUCGGGGCGGACUGGGAGGCCAGUAAAGACGCGUUUCGACGCUGUGCCGACGCGCAGGCGCACAACAGUCUGCCGUUCCGCGCGGCGCAGGCGUGGGAGAACGUCGCCAAGACCGUCUUGCAGCAAGCGCAGGCCGAGCGGACCAGUCGGGCGACGACGUCGUCCAGUCAGCCGUCGCGGGUAGCAGAAGCCCGCAACGCUUUUGAGACCGCCAGUGACUUCUACGUGGACAUGGGAGAGUUUGGCAAAGCUGCGGAUGCGCUGGUGAAGGGGGCCCAGGCAUGUGAGGGUCAGGGAUCGAGUGCGGACGACGUGCUGCCGCUCUACGCACGUGCGUGCGAGCUCUUGGAGGCGCAAGACAAGCCCCACUUUGCCGUCGAGACGUUCCGCAAGAUGCAGAGUUUUCUCGUCAAGCAUGGCAAGCAUCGUGACGCCAUUGCGUUGCUGGACCGGCUGGCUGCCCUGUUUGACGCGAUGGACCAGCGCCAUAAUGUGCACAAGUGCCGCUUGAGCCAAAUCAUUCUCCACCUUGCAUCAGGAGACGUGCCCGCAGCCGAUGCGCUCUAUACAAAGUGCUUGCAGGACGACGCGUUCCUGUCGUCGGACGAUUGUGCACUUGCAGAAGACCUCGUCCGGGCCUAUAAAAUGGGCAACGAAGAGCUCCUGCGAACGACGGUGCGCAAACCGGGACUCCUCGCACUGGACAACCAGAUUGGACGCGUUUGUCGUAAAUUGUCGAUCUAUGGGUCGGGGGAUACUGUUGUUGCUGCUUCUGCUGCCGGUGGUGGUGCUGCAUUGCAAUCGAAGCACCAUCAUGGAACAGCUUUGUCGAUGAAUGGAAAACACACGCAUCAGCACCAGCAGCAAUCAGGCAAACAACGCAACUCGUUUGCACCUUCAGCGCGCGCACCUUCUGCCCAACGCAACCCAUUUGCACCAACAUCAAGAGCACCAGUGCAAGCGCCAGUGUCGUCCCUAUCGUCGGAGUACGCAGCAUCGGAGGCAACGACAGUAGCGAGCACUGGUAUUGCUGACAGCGAUUAUGAAGCUGCAUUGGCCGAAGCCCUCGGCACUGUCGAUGUUACGAAAAAGACCAAGCCACAUUCGCGGGCAGCUCCGGUCUCCAAGUGUCUGCCACCCGCAUCGCCAAAGCUAGUGAGAUCCGGCUUAUCAUUCGGGUUGUCUCCAACCGCGACAUCCGCUUCGUCACCUGCAGCAGUGCGUGCGAGCGUUAGCUUGGAAUAUGGAUGUGACGAUCUCGAGUUUGCCAUGCCGGAUUCGGACUCGCUCGAGUUCUCUAUGGACGACGCGGCAAGCACUGACGCAAAUGGCUACCCGGAUUCGUUUCGACCAGCUACAGCUCUGGCCUCCAAGACAGAGGCGCCAGUGCGAGAGCCCAAAGUUGCACCCACGGCACCUGCUUCGGUGCAUGAUGAAUUUGAUCUUACAUAA